GAGAGCCUGCAAUCUCCUCCCUGAAUCGCGCACAGCGCUGCAGAUCCCAGUGCUCGGAAUUGCGGGCCGAAUGCAGGUGAGGAAAGGCACGGACUCUGCGGCUGCGAACCCAAACUUGGGCACCGCGCGGUGCGCACGGCUCAGCCUUCGCCCCCGCGGGCGAACGGCUGCUGCGGUUUCAGGCGGCGGCUUCGUGACUAAUGACCUUGCGCAGAGUUGUUAAGAAAAAAAGAGAAACCCGAGCUCUUGGGGGUGAGAAGGGACUGACUCUCUGGGCGUCUCUGAAGAUGGCUCGGGCUGCUCUUCGGCGCGCGGGGGGGACCCGGACGCGGACCGCUGUGUGACGCGAGUGGUCUCCACUGCACGGUGCCCGAAGCGACCUGCCAGGGAUUCUUCAUUCUCGAUCUGUUGACUGGCUCCCCCGCUGCCAGAGCGGAGUCAGAGUUCAGACUGGCUUGUUGCUGGCCCCAGCGCCUCGUGCAGGAAGCAACUCACGUUUGCCUGGGCAGCCGGAGCAGAAGCUGGGUCUGGAGUGAGUGGCUGGAACGUGAAUUGGACUCAACUCGAGUAGCAGCAAAGACGAACGGGGUUGGCAGGCGGGGGAGGCUGCAGGCUUGUUCCCCGCCGCUUCCCGGCUCCACCGCCCGCCUGCCGGAGCGGUUCCGGCCCCAUCCGACAGAGCGGGGACGGGAGCUCGGGAUCCUCCGCCCGCUGCGGGGAUGACUUUGGGGGGGGCGCCGAGUCCGCGGCGCGCAGUGUCCCGUGAACUGUGAGUACUGCGACUGAACGGCGGCCGGCGAGCGGGCGAUUAGCACCCAUUGCAUGAAUUAUGAAACAAUAACUUUCAGAAGAAGCAGAAGGAAAAAAAAAAAGAAGAAGAAUUUAUCGCUGGUCCCCCUGGCCGACUCCGCACGGUGCUCUUGCCCCCUCCCUCCUCUCCCUCCUUUCCCGGAGAGAGAAGAAGAUUGUGAGGAGGGCAGGCGGUCGGCCCCGUAGGAGGGGGGCGCCGAGGGGGCUGUGAUUAGAAGGAGCAGUAGCAGCAGCAGCAGGAGAAGAUGCUGAGGAUGCGGACCGCGGGAUGGGCGCGGGGCUGGUGCCUGGGUUGCUGUCUCCUCUUACCGCUCUCGCUCAGCCUGGCGGCCGCCAAGCAACUCCUCCGAUACCGACUGGCCGAGGAGGGCCCAGCGGACGUCCGCAUCGGCAACGUCGCCUCGGACUUGGGCAUCGUGACCGGCUCGGGUGAGGUGACUUUCAGCCUCGAGUCGGGCUCGGAGUACCUGAAGAUCGACAACCUCACCGGCGAGCUGAGCACGAGCGAGCGGCGCAUCGACCGCGAGAAGCUGCCCCAGUGUCAGAUGAUCUUCGACGAGAACGAGUGCUUUCUGGACUUCGAAGUGUCGGUGAUCGGGCCCUCGCAGAGCUGGGUGGACCUGUUCGAGGGUCGGGUCAUCGUACUCGAUAUCAACGACAACACGCCCACCUUCCCGUCACCCGUGCUCACGCUCACGGUGGAGGAGAACAGGCCGGUGGGCACUCUCUACCUGCUACCCACCGCCACUGACCGUGACUUCGGCCGCAACGGCAUCGAGCGCUACGAGCUGCUCCAGGAGCCCGGGGGCGGUGGCGGCGGCGGCGGCGGCGGCGGCGAGGGCCGGCGUGCUGGGCCUGCCGACAGCGCCCCCUACCCCGGGGGCGGCGGGAACGGCGCGAGCGGCGGCGGCCCCGGCGGCUCCAAGAGGCGGCCGGACACACCAGAGGGCGGCGGCGGGACCAAUCCCGGUGGCCGCAGCAGCGUGUUCGAACUGCAGGUGGCUGACACCCCGGAUGGCGAGAAGCAGCCACAGCUGAUCGUGAAGGGGGCGCUGGAUCGGGAACAACGCGACUCCUACGAGCUGACCCUGCGGGUGCGCGACGGUGGCGACCCGCCUCGCUCCUCUCAGGCCAUCCUGAGGGUGCUCAUCACCGACGUGAACGACAACAGUCCCCGUUUCGAGAAGAGCGUGUACGAAGCUGACCUAGCCGAGAAUAGCGCCCCCGGGACUCCCAUCCUGCAGCUGCGUGCCGCCGACCUGGACGUGGGGGUCAACGGACAGAUCGAGUAUGUGUUCGGAGCGGCUACCGAAUCCGUGCGGCGGCUGCUGCGCCUGGACGAGACGUCCGGCUGGCUCAGUGUCCUGCACCGUAUCGACCGCGAGGAGGUGAACCAGCUGCGCUUCACCGUCAUGGCCCGCGACCGCGGGCAGCCCCCCAAGACCGACAAGGCCACGGUGGUCCUCAACAUCAAGGACGAGAACGAUAAUGUCCCGUCCAUUGAAAUCCGCAAGAUCGGGCGUAUCCCACUCAAGGACGGGGUGGCCAACGUGGCCGAGGAUGUUCUGGUCGACACCCCCAUCGCUCUGGUACAGGUGUCCGACCGAGACCAAGGCGAGAAUGGGGUAGUCACCUGCACCGUGGUGGGUGACGUGCCCUUCCAGCUCAAGCCGGCCAGCGACACAGAGGGCGACCAGAACAAGAAAAAGUACUUUCUGCACACCUCGGCCCCUUUGGACUAUGAGACCACCCGGGAAUUCAACGUGGUCAUUGUGGCGGUGGACUCGGGCAGCCCCAGCCUCUCCAGCAACAACUCCCUGGUUGUCAAGGUAGGAGACACCAAUGACAACCCGCCCGUCUUUGGCCAGUCCGUGGUGGAGGUUUACUUUCCAGAGAACAACAUCCCUGGAGAGAGGGUGGCCACGGUGCUGGCGACAGACGCGGACAGUGGGAAAAAUGCAGAGAUUGCCUACUCUCUGGAUUCCUCCGUGAUGGGGAUCUUUGCCAUCGAUCCUGAUUCUGGGGACAUCCUUGUCAAUACGGUGCUGGACCGAGAGCAGACAGACAGGUAUGAGUUUAAAGUUAAUGCCAAAGACAAAGGCAUCCCAGUGCUGCAGGGCAGCACCACGGUGAUUGUGCAGGUGGCUGACAAGAAUGACAAUGACCCUAAGUUUAUGCAGGAUGUCUUUACCUUUUAUGUGAAAGAAAACUUGCAGCCCAACAGCCCGGUGGGGAUGGUCACGGUGAUGGAUGCAGACAAGGGGCGCAAUGCGGAGAUGAGCCUCUACAUAGAGGAAAACAGUAACAUUUUUUCCAUUGAAAAUGACACAGGGACCAUUUACUCCACAAUGUCUUUUGACCGGGAACAUCAGACCACAUACACCUUCAGAGUCAAGGCUGUGGAUGGGGGGGAUCCUCCCAGAUCAGCCACAGCCACAGUCUCUCUCUUUGUGAUGGAUGAGAAUGACAAUGCUCCCACAGUUACCCUUCCCAGAAACAUUUCCUACACUUUACUGCCACCUUCAAGUAAUGUCAGGACAGUAGUAGCUACAGUGUUGGCAACAGACAGUGAUGAUGGCAUCAAUGCAGACCUUAACUACAGCAUUGUGGGAGGGAAUCCCUUCAAGCUGUUUGAGAUCGAUUCCACCAGUGGUGUGGUUUCCUUAGUGGGAAAACUCACCCAAAAGCAUUAUGGCUUGCACAGGUUGGUGGUGCAAGUGAAUGACAGUGGACAGCCUUCCCAGUCCACCACGACUCUGGUGCAUGUGUUUGUCAAUGAAAGUGUUUCUAAUGCAACUGUGAUUGACUCCCAGAUAGCCAGAAGUUUGCACACCCCACUCACCCAGGACAUAGCUGGUGACCCAAGUUAUGAAAUUAGCAAACAGAGACUCAGUAUUGUCAUUGGGGUGGUUGCUGGAAUUAUGACAGUGAUUCUCAUCAUCUUAAUUGUAGUGAUGGCAAGGUACUGCCGGUCCAAAAAUAAAAAUGGCUAUGAAGCUGGCAAAAAAGAUCAUGAAGACUUUUUUACACCCCAGCAGCACGACAAAUCUAAAAAGCCUAAAAAGGACAAGAAAAACAAAAAGUCUAAGCAGCCUCUCUACAGCAGCAUUGUCACUGUAGAAGCUUCUAAACCAAAUGGACAGAGGUAUGAUAGUGUCAAUGAGAAGCUGUCAGACAGCCCAAGCAUGGGGCGAUACCGAUCCGUUAAUGGGGGGCCCGGCAGUCCUGACCUGGCCAGGCAUUACAAAUCUAGUUCUCCGUUGCCUACUGUCCAGCUUCACCCCCAGUCACCAACUGCAGGAAAAAAACACCAGGCCGUACAAGAUCUACCACCAGCCAACACAUUUGUGGGAGCAGGAGACAACAUUUCAAUUGGAUCAGAUCACUGCUCUGAAUACAGCUGUCAAACCAAUAACAAGUACAGCAAACAGCCGUUUCGUAGAGUGACGUUUUCUGUUGUGAGUCAGCCUCAGGACCCACAUCAGGGGUCACUGCAGAGUUGCUAUGACAGCGGGCUGGAGGAGUCAGAGACACCAAGCAGUAAGAGUUCAUCAGGGCCAAGGCUGGGUGCCCUUCCACUCCCAGAGGACAACUAUGAAAGGACCACGCCGGAUGGCAGUGUUGGUGAGGCAGAGCAUAUGGAAAAUGAUUCAAGACCUCUUCCAGAUGUAGCCCUGACUGGGAAGUGUACCCGUGAGUGUGAUGAAUAUGGCCACUCAGACUCCUGCUGGAUGCCGGUCCGCACUUCUCCAGAGAGGAAGAAGAGCCAGCCCAAACUCUCCACUUUCAUGCCUGUUGAUGAACGAGGAAGCCAGGAAAAGCUGGCCAAUGGUGAGGCCGCCAUCAUGGGUGACCGCAACAGAAACCUCCUGAACAAAAAGUUGACCUCGUCCUAUGAGACCUUCAGUGCAGCUAGUUUCAGCAAAAAUGAGGAAGCCAACCCUGAGGAUAUUCCCCUUACAAAAACAGGGGAAUACAAGCCAUCUCCUGUCAAUACUCUCACUAGAAGAGAAGUUUACCUGUAGGCUAUAAAGAAGAACAGCAAAGUUCUUUCCAUGUAUGAGAAGGAGAAUAAGGGGCAAAAAACCUUACAAAAACCGUGUAAUCAAAAAGAGGGGGCUACCAAAGAGACAAAGCUUUGCCUGCCACUUCUGCCUCCAGAUCAGGCCUUUAGUGAUACUGUUAGCCUGAUUGUAAUGUAUAAUGUAGAAACCAUCCUUGUUACUUGCAUGUCUAACCCCCUCACUGAUUAUUCCCAACACCCGCUAUUCCUCUUCCCCAUCCCCCUCCAAGGAGGAAAAAAAAAAAAAAAUUGGUUGCAAGUUUCUUUCAUGGUAACAAGCCUGAUUAGCAGAACACAACACACCCUCAUUAUCCCUAAGCUGAAGCAUGAUUUAGUCACUUUGAUUUAGUUAGAAUGCCAUCCGGUUGGUCAAAAAAACACCACAAAAAGCAAAACACCGAAAAACAAAGAACAGAUCAGGUAAAAUGUAUUUCAGACAUACCAUCAGAAUAUGAUUAAUCACCAUGAAAGGCAAUUCCCCCAAAAUG